CCGCUAGACUUACCAGACGGUCCGAGCGCACAUUCACUCCGCGCAUCCGCUCGGCGUCGCCUCAACCCCACAAAACACAGUCAUGGGCAGUGGCCACUUUUCAAAUUCACCAGCUCCCCGCUGCUGUCGGGGCGACCGCCGUCGCUGCCCACCGGGCCGACGUACUUCCGUCUCUACGCGGCGCCUGCCUCUAUAUAAACCCCAGGCCCAACUUCGCCGAGUCCGCGCCGCCCACGACGACGAAAACGAACAGCCUACUUUCUGCAGCCAAUUCUUACAGACAGUAGCUUUUCAGACAAGCACUCUUACAGUCCGAGUAUCUUCAAGCGAGAAUGGCCCGCCAGGUUGCUCAGCCAGUCCGCCGCACCGCCACUCGUGCCGGUCUGCGCAGUCAAGUCCAACGCUAUCCCGCGGACGAUGGCAGUCGCGCUCGAGACACGUACCGCAGGCGCUACCAUCGCGGAGGAGUGGGCAUUGCACCGAGCCCGCCCCAUGGACGUCGUCUCAUCGACCGCGUCACCUACGAAGAUGGUGGCGGAGUGCAAGGAGACACUGGCGUGCGAGGUGCUCAAGCUCCGGGCCGUCUGGCUCGUGGCCGCCGUCUCAUCGACCGCAUGACCUUCGACGACAGUGACGGUGACGGUGAUGUCCGAGGUGCUCGUGCUCGUGCCAACACUGCUAUCCGCCGUGACAACACCAUGUCUUCCGAGGCUCGUGCCAACACUGGCGUCCGCCGUGGCAACAUCAUGGAUACCCAGGCGCGCGGCAACAACACCGCCAGCCAGGCCACUCAAGGAGCCCAAGGCAACCUCCUCGUCUGCAACCCCCGAGCGACCCAGGCUCCUGCUCCAAGCUUAGCUCCCGUCCCGCAGCCCAGGACCGCCAUCCGUCCGAUCCGCCUCCUCAACCAGCCUGUCGGCAAGCCCAGCAAGUCUCCCACCGGCAACAACGAGAACGAAUCCUCGGACGAGCACGUCGCAGCCCGGGCCCCUACCCGUCCGCGCAACACCUACAAGGGCAAAGACAAGAUCAAGCGCGCGGUCCAAAACCCCAAGUUGCGCGCCAUCCUCGCCGGCAGACGUCUUCCGCGUCCGCGCAGGAAGCACAAUGAGCCGGUGCUGCGCAUGGGUCUAAGGGAUAGGGUCUUCUAUGACCUCUGAGACGCAUGUCCGGAAAAACGAUGGGGUACGUUCGACUGCGCUGAGCUGAGCUGAGGUGGCUGCUGGGGAGGAGGAGAUCGAGCGUUUCCGUUUUCUUUCUUCGUUUUCGCACUGAACUGCUUCGCUGCUUUCUAAUGGAUGGAUG